GGAUCGAGCCGAGCGGCGAGCAAUACAAAGCGGCCUCGGCUGGUGCCGGAGCUGCAAGCGUUAAGGGGAGGCGGGGAGUGACGCGGUUUGCGUCUGGAGCGGCUCCUUGGAGUCCACAGCAUCCACCGCCGGAGCCUCGCCUUCCUUUCUCCCUCUGCAGACAUAAUCAGACACAAAAAGAGAGGCGACCCCAGCACCGCGGCGGAGGACCCAUCCGCACCAUGACGGAGACCACGAAGACCCACGUUAUCUUGCUGGCCUGCGGCAGCUUCAACCCCAUCACCAAAGGCCACAUUCAGAUGUUCGAAAGAGCCAGGGAUUAUCUGCACAAGACUGGGAGGUUUAUCGUGAUUGGCGGGAUUGUCUCUCCUGUCCACGACUCCUAUGGAAAACAGGGUCUUGUGUCCAGUCGGCACCGCCUCAUCAUGUGCCAGCUGGCCGUCCAGAAUUCCGACUGGAUCAGGGUGGACCCGUGGGAAUGUUACCAGGACACCUGGCAGACAACCUGCAGUGUGCUGGAGCACCACCGGGACCUCAUGAAGAGGGUGACUGGCUGCAUCCUCUCCAAUGUCAACACACCUUCCAUGACACCUGUGAUCGGACAGCCACAACAUGAGAACCCCCAGCCCAUUUACCAAAACAGCAACGUGCCCAACAAGCCCACUGCAGCCAAGAUCUUGGGGAAAGUGGGAGAAAGCCUCAGCCGGAUCUGCUGUGUCCGCCCACCAGUGGAGCGCUUCACCUUCGUUGAUGAGAACGCCAACCUGGGCACAGUGAUGCGGUACGAGGAGAUUGAGCUGCGCAUCUUGCUGCUGUGCGGCAGUGACCUACUGGAAUCCUUCUGCAUCCCGGGACUCUGGAAUGAGGCCGAUAUGGAGGUGAUUGUUGGGGACUUUGGGAUUGUGGUGGUUCCCCGGGACGCAGCUGACACAGACCGAAUCAUGAAUCACUCCUCAAUACUCCGCAAGUACAAAAACAACAUCAUGGUGGUGAAGGAUGACAUCAACCAUCCCAUGUCUGUGGUCAGCUCAACCAAGAGCAGGCUGGCCUUGCAGCACGGGGACGGCCAUGUGGUGGAUUACCUGUCUCAGCCCGUCAUUGACUACAUCCUCAAGAGCCAGCUAUACAUCAACGCCUCUGGCUAGCAGCCACUCAGCCAGCCUGUGCCACCCUCCCCUCGUCCUCUGCCAACGCAACUCACUGGCCCCUCCAGUCUCUGUCAGCCUCUCUCCUGCCUCUGUUUCUCCAUCUCCUCAUUCUGACCAUUCUUCCCACUGGCUGACUGAACCCCCACAGUGUGGGGGACCUGCA